UCUCCAUGGAUGCGCGUUACUCCUCCCCUUCUCUGAUCCUCCCCGCCUGUUUCUUCCCUGCGCAUUUUUUUUCCCUUAAUUCCUCUUUUCUUUUAAUCUUCAAUUUUCUGUUCGUUAUUGGCCGUUAGGGUUUUCGCCUACUGGAAUCUUAUCGCGCUUCCCGAAUCGAAUUUUUUGUCUAUUAGGGUUAUAGAUUCGUUUUUUCUUCCUUCAAUCUUGAUUGGAAUGUUGGAACUUCGAGACAUGACCGAAUCCCCUUGGGGUCGCUUUUAAAUCUUCAUAUAUGGACAUGGAAAGUCGCUCUCGGCAUGCCCGCCAGAGAGAUUUUUACGAUGUAUUGGGAGUUUCAACGGUUUCAGUUAAUUUGAAGAUCAGAAAUUCAUACAUGAAAUUAGCUUUCAAGUCUAUACUCUUUCAUGGACUCUUCAAACCUCUUAUGGAUGUACACAGUUGAUGGCUAGUCGACAAGUGUCAACUAAGCGCUACUUCUACUGACUAGCACUCUAUCUGCAGUUUCCCCAAUCUGUUAUGGAAAGAAUGUCUGAAGGAAUGAACUUAGUGAUAGAAACUUCAGAAAAUGGCACAGAUUUAUCUCCAGAUGACAUUGGCACAAUUGAAGAAAUGCCUGAAGACACAAUCUUAUCACGACAAACUUCUGUAAAUCUUGUCCCAUUUAUUGGACAAAGAUUUGUUUCCCAAGAUGCUGCCUAUGAAUUUUAUUGCAGUUUUGCAAAACAGUGUGGGUUUUCAAUUAGACGUCAUCGUACUCGAGGAAAGGAUGGGGUUGGUAGGGGAAUUACAAGAAGGGAUUUCACCUGUCAUCGUGGUGGCUAUCCACAGAUAAAGCCAUCAGAUGAUGGAAAACUGCAAAGGAAUCGAAAAUCUUCACGCUGUGGGUGUCAAGCAUAUAUGCGAAUUGUUAAAAGAGCAGAUUUUGAUGUCCCUGAAUGGCGUAUUACAGGCUUUAGUAAUGUUCACAACCAUGAACUCCUGAAAUCCAAUGAAGUGCGUCUCCUUCCUGCCUAUUGCACCAUAUCUGCAGAUGACAAGAGCCGCAUCUGCAUGUUUGCAAAAGCUGGUAUGUCAGUGAGACAAAUGUUACGAUUAAUGGAACUAGAGAAAGGAGUUAAGUUAGGUUGUCUACCAUUUACAGAAAUAGAUGUGAGAAACCUGCUACAGUCCUUCAGGAAUGUGGAUAGAGAUAAUGAUGCUAUUGACCUUCUUGCAAUGUGCAAGAACAUUAAGGAUGAAGAUCCUGACUUCAAGUAUGACUUCAAAAUAGAUGCACACAACAGGUUGGAGCAUAUUGCAUGGUCCUAUGCUUCAUCUAUUCGAUUAUAUGAAGCAUUUGGAGAUGCUGUUGUUUUUGAUACAACUCAUCGUUUGGAUGCAUAUGAUAUGCUUCUAGGAAUUUGGAUUGGACUGGACAACCAUGGUAUGAACUGUUUCUUUGGCUGUGUGCUUCUACGCGAUGAAAACACACAGUCCUUUUCCUGGGCAUUGAAGACAUUCCUGGGCUUCAUGAAAGGAAAGGCUCCACAAACAAUCUUGACUGACCAAAACAUGUGGCUUAAAGAAGCAAUUGCUACUGAAAUGCCAAGUACAAAACAUGCCUUUUGCAUUUGGCAUAUUAUUGCCAAGUUCUCAGAUUGGUUUUCAGUAUUGCUUGGAUCACAAUAUGAUAAUUGGAAAGCUGAGUUCCAUCGGCUGUAUAAUUUGGAAAUGGUGGACGAUUUCGAAGUAGGAUGGAAGGAAAUGGUUAAUACAUAUGGACUCCUUGAAAAUAAGCACAUUGCCAGCUUAUAUGCAUUAAGGACAUUUUGGGCAUUACCCUUCUUGAGAUGCUACUUCUUUGCAGGGAUGACAAGUACAUUCCAAUCAGAGUCCAUAAAUGCUUUCAUCCAACGGUUUUUGAGUGCACAAUCUCAACUAGAUCAUUUUGUAGAGCAAGUGGCUGUUGUUGUUGAUUUUCGAGAUCAAGCAGGAACUAAACAAAAGAUGCAACGGAAGCUCCACAAAGUCUGUCUUAAAACUGGAUCACCAAUUGAAUCACAUGCUGCUACUGUUCUUACACCUUAUGCCUUCUGUAAACUCCAAGAAGAGCUUGUGUUGGCUCCACAAUAUGCAUCACUUCAAACAGAAGAAGAUUGUUUCCACGUGAGACAUCAUACCCAGAUGGAUGGAGGUUGCAAAGUGAUUUGGGUUCCUCGUGAAGAGCUCAUUAGCUGUAGUUGCCAUCAGUUUGAGUUCUCAGGCAUCCUCUGUAGGCAUGUUCUUCGUGUCUUGUCAACAAAUAACUGCUUUCACAUUCCAGAGCGAUAUUUACCGAACCGUUGGCGUUGUGUUAGCUCAUCUUCGAUGAAGCCCUUCCAGACCAAUGCUCCAAGGGAACAUGCGGAGAGAAUUCAGUUAUUUCAGUCCAUGGUUUCAACGCUUAUUACAGAAUCAGUUGAAACUGAGGAACGCCUUAAUGCUGCUUAUGAGCAAAUUGCCAUGGUUUUAUCUCGAAUUAAGGAAUUUCCUAGGCUGACCCAUAGCACAAAUGACAUUGCUUAUGAUAGUCCAUCCGAUUCACUAAUUCUGCCUGAGGUGGAAGACUCUGAUGGCAUUGUUCAAAGUUUUACCACUGGGAAUCCCCAUGAAUCCAUUAGUUCUCUGGGAAAACUAAAAGAAAGAAGACCAAGAGAUGGGGUUGAUAUCUCACGGAAACGAAGGCGUUGCUCUGUGCCUUGCUGUGGGCAGUUUGGACAUGAUGCAACUGAUUGUCCAAUGAUGGGAGGAGAUGGGUUAAAUGGCGAUGGGCUAGGAUUCUUGUAAAGAUUUUGGUGAUGGUGGAUGUGUGAAGCAACAGUGACAUGGUGUUUCAUGUUCAUGCACUACAAGCAGCGCAUUUUUCCAUCUACCCCAAUGCAACCAUACAAAAUUUUAUGGCGUCACUUUUUCCUGUUUUGACAGAUCUCACACAUGUUUUGUUAACCUUUGACGGGAUUGAGAAGUUCAUUUGCCAUUCAUGUCAGGGAAAGAUUUACACAUUUUGUUUUAUGAAAAAAAUUAGCUUAAAAAAGGAAUAUUCUGUGUUCCUGUUGCAUAACUAGUACUCUGUUAAAUAGAUCCUCUUCACAACAGGAAAUAAUAUGAACUGGAGAUACUCUAUUUCUGCCACUACAGGAAAUAGAUUGCUUCUUCAUAUCUAAAAUACUUUUGCCUUGGUCUGCUCAAUCUCUCUCUGCUGCAUGCUAAAACAGAUGAUGAAAUUAUUUUUGUCCUUGAGAAGGUUAUUCGGUUUUUAGUUGGAAUGAUUUGAGUUCCGCUAUUGUACAAGGAGCAUCUAUGAGUUGAUUAAUCUUCAUCUGCGGAACAUUUGAUUACAUAUCUUUCCCA